GUGUGCCCUUGUUUGUACACCUCGUGCCAGUGUACUAAUAACGCUUCCUCUCGAAUGGCCUGUUUUAUAUUUAGACUUACAACCAAAUCAACAUGUUUCAUGUAAUUUUGCAUGUUUCCUCACCAUAUUCUCAACACACGAUUCGUACAUCAGCUGUGUUGGUGCACCUCGCGACGACGGCACAACGAAGAAAAACACGAGAGAGCGCAAAAACAUCGCUACUUCCGGUCGUGCGCCUGCGUGACUCUCUCAAACACUCACAGUACAAAUCUCCUCACUAAUGGCCUUUCCACUUACACCGUUUGUAGCCAAACGGAACCAAAACACAAACAGGUUGUUUUCCGCUGAUUGAUAAUUGUUUGUGUUUGCGUCCUAUGAAAGCAUGGCCUCCAGGGGACAUCCAUCGGCCUAUCAAGCGGCUCUUCACACCGGAGAUCAAACGUAUGCUCAAGGACUGGCUCGUACGACGGCGGGAAAAUCCGUACCCCAACCGGGAAGAAAAGAAGUUGCUGGCCUGUGAAACGGGCCUGACCUACACCCAAAUAUGCAACUGGUUCGCCAAUUGGCGCCGGAAGUUAAAAAAUUCCGGCCAUGACCCGAUCCGAAAGACUUGGAGCAAUCUUAUCAAGAACUAUAACACCAGCGCCAGGGGAAACGUUGAACAGUUUAGUAUCUGUUCAAGCGACAGCAUAUGGGGCGAAAGGGGAGAAGAUUCUCAAGGAUCUCGGACACCGCCAUCGACUUCACGCUACGUUGGAUACGGCAACAGUAAGAUGUUGCCCGGCAACAAUAACUCGCACGAGUACGUGAACCACAUGCAGAUGGUUGCACGCCAUCGUCGGGUGUAUUCCGAUACUUCAGAUACGGAAGACGAAGAAUUUGAUCAAUCAACAAAUUUUCCACCGGGCGGCACUUUCUACGAUCAUUGCUAUACGCCGAAGAAUUAUAAUGCGGUGUUCGGUAUCCCUGCCGAGCAGGUGCAAUACCUUCAGGCAUCUGCCACCAUUGGCGAUUGUCCGGCAGAUUUCAACGCCAACACCAGCUCCAUCAUAGCGGCCAGUUUCCCGAACGCUUUUCGAGCUGAAAACGGUACUUAUUACUUAACGCCAAGCACCACAGUUUCUCCGGCAUUGAAUGGCAAGAGUACCAGCAAGUACAAAAACAGCAUCAUGGAGAAGUAUUUACGGGACCUAAGUGAGGUUGAACCUGAUCCCGAUCCAAGCGGAUGCGAAGGAUAUACCGCUUCGCCUAAUCCGUUCCAACUGCUUCCUUCACCCCAGGCACAGGUCAAUGUGACCGCUGUUGGACCUUUGGGCUGUGAAGUGCGCAGCCCACCCUCGCUUUCAAAAUGGCUUGAAAGCACGGCCAAGUUUACCCCAUCCAAGAAUAACUACAUCGAUUGGGAGCAGUCCAGAAAACUAUCGUCCUCUAAGAAGAGAUGCAAUUCUAACUCGUCCGGCACUCAACUGACUCAUCAGUUGCCCUGCAACUCAGCAUCUUCUCAAGGAUCUAGCGAAACUUCGUCGUACACCUCGACCGAAAUGCCCGUGCACCAGAAGGAUGAAAUAGAUGCCGCUGAAGCUCUCACUCGAUUGGCUAACAACUUCCGCAUGAAGUUCUACACCUAAACAUGUUAGAUCCAGUUGUCCUUCUUUCUGUUACAUAACUUCAUAUCAAACCUGUGUAAUAUCUAUUAUAGUGAAAUACAAUGAUAGCAUUCCGAAGAUUAGAGACAAUUAUAGAUGCAAAUAACUCGUAGCGGUGAAUCGUUUUGUUUUGUUAUUAGCAAUAUUGUUAAAAAAAAAAGAGUGA